AAAUAUCAACAAACGCCAUUACCAUUACCAUUUCCAUUUCCAUUUCCAACAACAACAACAGCAAGAGGGAGGAUCGCCACUUCCUCCAUUAAUAUUCACAGACUUUAUUCUUCCUUCUCUCUUGUAGAUCUUUGUACCCAGAGGACCCGAUGCAGUGUGCUGCAAUUGGCUGUUGAUUUUUGGGGAGGAUUUUGAUUUUUCUUUUCUCUGUACAAGACCAAGAUGGAGGCAAUGGAUAGAACGCCGUCGUUUUCAGUGGCAUCCCUGGUGGACGAUGUGCUUCAACAGCACGGGAAUCGCCUCGCUGGUGGAGGAGGCGGCCUCGAUUUGGAAUCUAGGAGGGCCGAGGAAGCCGCAUCUAGAAGAAACGAAGCCGCUGGAUGGCUGAGGAAGAUGAUCGGCGUUGUUGCGGCUAAAGAUUUGCCGGCUGAGCCGUCAGAGGAAGAAUUUAGGCUCGGAUUGAGAAGUGGGAUCAUUCUGUGCAAUGUCCUGAACAAGGUGCAAUCAGGAGCAGUGCCCAAGGUGGUUGAAAGUCCUUGUGAUUCUGGGCUCAUCCCUGAUGGAGCAGCGCUGUCAGCAUUUCAGUAUUUCGAGAAUGUGAGGAACUUUCUUGUGGCCAUACAGGAGAUGGGAGUUCCUGCCUUUGAGGCGUCUGAUCUCGAGCAGGGUGGGAAAUCUGCCUGUGGCAGGGUUGUGAAUACUGUUCUGGCUCUUAAAUCUUACGGUGAGUGGAAGCAGGGUGGAGGCUAUGGAGUUUGGAAAUUCGGUGGGAAUGUGAAACCUACUGCUACUAUGUCCUCCACUAAAUCCUUUGUGAGGAAGAAUUCAGAGCCAUUCACAAAUUCCUUGUCAAGAACCUCUUCCCUGAAUGAAAAAUCUCUCAACUGUUCAUCAUCUUCCAAUAAUGGUUCUCGCUCGUCCCUCAUUCGGGCAUUUUUGACAGAUAAAAGGCCUGAAGAAAUCCCAGUGUUGGUAGAAUCACUGCUAAGCAAGCUUGUGGAUGAGGUUGAGAAUCGCUUUUCCAGCCUUGAACUGGCAAAAGUAACCUCAAAAGAUGUGGCUGCACCGCAAGGCAACAAGUCACAGUUGAAACCAGCUUUUGGUGUUAAAAGGGUGGAAAAAGUUGAAAUAGUCCAUGAAAGGAGUAUGUUUGAGGAGCAAUCAAAGAGCCAGAUUCUGAAGCAGCAAAUUAUUUUUGAUCAGCAGCAAAAGGAUGUUCUGGAACUAAAACAUAAACUGCACGCUGCAAAAGCUGGAAUGCAGUUUAUGCAAGUAAAAUUUAGUGAAGAGUUCCACAACCUCGGUAUGCACGUUAAUAGUCUUGCUCAUGCUGCAUCUGGAUAUCAUAAAGUUCUUGAGGAAAAUCGUAAGCUGUAUAAUCAAGUGCAGGAUCUCAAAGGUAGUAUAAGAGUUUACUGCCGAGUUAGACCCUUUUUGUCCGAUCAAUCAAAUUAUUUGAGUGUCGUGGAUCACAUAGAAGAUGGAAGUAUUACUGUUAACGCCCCCUCAAAGCAUGGGAAGGGACAUCGAUCCUUCAGCUUCAACAAAAUAUUUGGUCCAUCUGCUACACAAGUGGAGGUCUUUGCUGAUAUGCAGCCACUCAUUCGGUCUGUUCUUGAUGGAUACAAUGUUUGCAUUUUUGCAUAUGGCCAAACAGGAUCGGGGAAAACUUUUACCAUGACUGGGCCAAAAGAGCUAACGGAGAAGAGUCAGGGAGUAAAUUAUAGAGCAUUAGGAGAUUUGUUCCUAAUAGCAGAACAAAGAAAAGAAACCUAUCGUUACGAUGUUUCCGUUCAGAUGAUCGAGAUUUAUAAUGAGCAAGUUAGGGAUCUCCUUGUCACUGAUGGUACCAAUAAAAGAUUAGAAAUUCGCAACAGUUCUCAAAAUGGCCUCAGUGUACCAGAUGCUAACCUUGUAAACGUGUCGUCAACUUCCGAUGUCAUCAAUCUAAUGAACCUUGGCCAAAGGAAUCGUGCCGUAGGAGCAACAGCUCUAAAUGAUCGUAGUAGCCGUUCCCACAGUUGCUUGACGGUUCAUGUUCAAGGAAGAGAUUUGACAUCUGGAGCCGUUCUCCGUGGCUGUAUGCAUCUGGUAGAUUUGGCAGGAAGUGAAAGAGUUGACAAGUCUGAGGUGACUGGAGAUAGACUGAAAGAAGCACAACAUAUCAAUAAAUCUCUUUCUGCUCUCGGUGAUGUGAUUGCUUCUCUUGCCCACAAGAAUCCUCAUGUACCUUAUAGAAAUAGCAAAUUAACACAACUUCUUCAAGAUUCACUUGGUGGGCAAGCCAAGACUUUGAUGUUUGUUCACAUAAGCCCAGAACCUGAUGCUAUUGGAGAGACAUUAAGCACACUAAAAUUUGCAGAGAGAGUGGCCACAGUCGAACUUGGUGCUGCUCGAGUAAACAAAGAUACUACAGAUGUUAAAGAACUCAAAGAUCAGAUUGCAAGUUUAAAGGCAGCACUUGCAAGGAAAGAGGGGGCGCCACAACAAAUCCAACAUCCUGCUCUCGGGAACUCUGAGAAAUUCAAGACAAAAGCUAGUGAGUUAUCGCCUUGCCAGCCUAAAAGUCAAGAUUUAGAUGUGUUGGUUGAACAUGCUAUCCGCCGUCAGCCUAUGGGCGAUGUAGGCAACAUAGAGCUUCAUAAUAACUCUGCCUUACGGCAGAAAAGGCAAAGCUUUGACAUGGAUGAACUGUUGGCCAAUUCACCUCCAUGGCCACCCAUAAGUAGCCCUUGCCUGAACUACGGCGAGGACGAUAAAGACACGGGCUCGGGUGAGUGGGUCGAUAAGGUAAUGGUUAACAAGCAAGACGUGAACCGAGUCGAGAAUUCGUUGGGGUGCUGGGAAGUAGAAAAUGGUAACUUAAAUGAUGUCUUCUACCAGAAAUAUCUUCAGGACUCCUCCAAGAUGAUGUAUACAGACCAAGCAUAUGGUAUGCUAGCAGGAGCAAACAGAUUCAACGUUGUCGGCAUUGAUGAUAUAGAUGAUCUCGACGCAGGAACGAGCGACUCAUCGGAGCCAGAUUUGCUUUGGCAAUUCAACCACCAUUCCAAACUUGCAAGUAUAGGCAACAGCAUUGGAUCAAAAACGAAAAAACCGAAUGGAAAGCCAGUAAAGAGCCCAGAUUUAAGCAAGAACUUCAGUUCUUCAUUGGGCCCUUCUCCUUCGCAGAAAAUAUCAAAUGGGGUUGCCCUCCCACUGCACAGAAAUGGGAGACAGCCUGCUUCUGCUGAUAGCAAACGCAGAACUGGAAAUAGAAAACAGUAAUUUUUCUUUUCAUUUUUUCUUUAAUUCUUUAACAACGUGAGAGAGGGAAUGUUGAUUUUUUUUUUUUCCGAGCUUUUUUUAUCAUUGGCCAUGCUGAGAAGAGAGGGGUUUUUAUGUCUUUCCACUUUUUUUUUCUUAAUUGUUGUAAUUAAUUAUUGUCACAGUGAAAAGAAGCAAUAAUUUCAGUUGCUUUGAAUUUGGGUUUAUUACCUGGUCUCUUUUAAUGACAGAAACUGUGUUAACAGCUCCAA